AUGAGUGCAGGAAUGGUCGACUUGGCUUCUCGACUGUCGCUGGCACACCGUCUCAUUCAUGCGUCGAUCGCUCUGAAAUGUAGGAGACCCGCUCAGGCUGUCAUCUUCCGAUCGUACGCUACAGUUCCCAACGAGCGAGCGUCACCGUCUUCCCUUCUCUCGAAUGCUCUUGAUCAGAGGCGUCGAACGGCACAACGCGACGACUAUGUUGGUCCCUUUCAAUUGGGGCUCAUUCCACCUGUGUCUCGAGGUGGUGAGAACGUGAAGAAGUGGUCGGAGUUGUCGGCUGCUGGAAAAGUUGCUCGAACAACCGCCAGAACCACGAAUCUGGCUGUGAUUCUAUUUGGAGCAGGUCUAUCCGGCGUGCUCAUCUAUGCGUUGACGUCUGAGUUGUUCUCCAAAAAUUCGGCGACAGUAUUAUACGGUCAAGCAUGCGAAAAAAUCAAAGCCUCCCCGAAGUUGGCGAAGUUUCUCCAAGGGCCGUUAGUAUUUCAUAAUAACCCUCCAUCUCUGAUCCGUCCUCGUCACCGCAAUCACCAUGUUUCGUCACAAUUAGUUGUUGACGCAGCCGGUAGAGAGCAUAUGCUUCUGCACUUCUAUGUCCAGGGUCGCCCACCAGGCUCCCUUGCUCCACUUCCUGAUACGGGAUCUAUCUCUUACGUCGACUCUGCGAUUCAAUGGGCCAAAACGACAACAUUAGAAGUGUCCGAAAUGUCCCUCGAUGACCUCAUCGAGAGUACAAAAACAAGAGCAGACGUAGCAUGGAGUUCGGCGAAAGAAUUAUUCAGGUUUCUGACUGGCGACCCGUUACCAUCGAUACAACUACCGGAGCCAAGCAAGCCAGCAGUGAAGGUAGAGCAAGACAAGAAAGGGUGGAUGUCUUCGUUUACAGGUCUAUUCUCUGGCCUCAAAGGCCCAGCAAGGAGUGCUUCUGAAUCAGGGCAUGAAGGAUCGGAUGGGAAGAAUUAUUCUGAGGGGGAAGUACACGUUGAUCUCGUGAUGAAUGACCAUGGUUACUUCGAAUUCCGCUACCUGUUUGUAGACAUCCCCAACACACAAAGCUGGAAUUCGAGGCGCGUGAUCAUAGACCGGUCUGAAGGUGUCAGGGACAAUGAACCAGUCCUAUCGUGGAGAUCAUCAUGA